AAAUUCUUGACGUUUCAUCAUAAAGAUGUUCUUAACCAUAUUUGGCAAUAACUGGAAGUUGUUUGUUAAUGAUUUACUGUCCGAAUAAUUCUCUCACACUUCUCUAUUGAAAUCCUAAACUAUAGUGUCAACUUUUGGACAAUCACUCACCCUUCGCAUACUUUUUCUGUAAUCAAAAGCCGCUUUUCAAAUCUCAAACCUAUUUCAAAUCCAAGAACUAUUUUAUCUGUCACAAAUAGUAGUGUUUUUUGAAGAUUGAUUUCUGAGUAUUGAGUCGGGUGGUGAGUGACCCAUAACGAGUUCAUGGCGAAGGGCAGGCACUCUGGUCUUGGUAACCCACUAAUAAAUGCUAACCAAAUAGUCACAGAAGCACAAAAACGAUGGCUACGUACAGCUGAAAUUUGUGGAAUUAUUCAAAAUUAUAAGAACUUUCGUCUUGCUGCAGAACCUGCGAAAAAGCCUCCAAGUGGUUCAUUUUUUCUUUUUAACCGGAAGGAGCUGAGAUGCUUCAGAAAAGAUGGCUAUAAUUGGACGAAGAAACGGGAUGGAAAGACUGUGAUGGAAGCUCAUGAGAAGCUCAAGGUGGGAGGCAUUGAGGUGUUGAACUGCUACUAUGCCCGCGGUGAAGAAAAUAAAAAUUUACAAAGACGCAGUUAUUGGUUGCUCCAAGGGGAGCUCUCUCAUGUGGUUCUUGUUCACUAUCGGGAAGUAAAGGGCAAUAGGACAAAUGAUAGCUGUAUUAAAGAGACUGAAGAAGCUUUUCCCUAUUUCCAAGAAACUGAACCCAAUUCGGAGAUGGAUGGCUAUGUGUCCUCUUGUUUUCAUCCGAAUAAUUCCCAAGUAACUUCACAAACUAUAGAUAUAACAGGCCUCAACAGUGCUCAGGCAUUAGAACACAUGGAUACUGAAUCAGCCUGUAAUCACCAAGCAAGUUCUGGAUUCCAUUUGUCCUUCGAAUUCCAACAACCCAUGGUGGAGAAGAUGAAUCCUGGACUCUCUGAUCCUUUUCUGCCUGCAUCAAUUCCAAAUUAUUGUCAAGGAGAAUUCUCAACCGUUUUGGGGGUGGGUUUUGGCUCACUUGCUCAAGCAGAUAAAGCAAAAUACAGCAACAAUAUGAGGCAAAUCCUUGAUUCUCCACCGUCAGAUGAUGACUUGGGAAAUGGUACUUCUGGCAAUCAAGCUGUGCCAUUUUGGCCAUCAUUUCCUGAAACACAACCUGAUACCAAUGGAUUCCUUCUUGAACGAGAAAAUCUGGUACUAAGGCAGCAUUUCACCAGCAACUUUGUUGAGAGAUGGGAAUUCAGUAGUCACCCUCAAAUCCAAAACGAGUGGCAGACUUCUGAAGGCAAAUGGCCCUUAAAUCAGAAUGUGCAUGCAGAAUCAGAGUAUGGUGCCACUUCUUUGUUUCAUGAACAAGAUGUUAAUUUGGAUGAACAAUUCAACUUUCAGGAGUCUUGCCUUCUACAGACUGAUAAUCAAGAAAUUCAUCCUAUGCAAAAUAACCUUCAAGUACAGCUUUCAGAUGCAGAUCAUGGAUGCAAAACGGCCCUAGAGGGAAAAAUAGAUUUUGCCAUUUUAAACCAAUGGAUGAUGAGUGAUGAAGUUGAAUGCCUAUUCAAACAUAAUAAAUAUGCAGUUACUACAGAUAAUUAUAGUGGCAAAGCGAGUGGUAUUUUUCUUUUGCGAUUUGAAAAACUAUUGUCUCUGACCUCUGUCUGCCCUCCAAGUGCUGAUUUCAUUAGUGUGAGCAAGAAAUCUGAAGUAAGGAGUAAAAUCAGUUCAUUGUUAGAAGGGGAAGAUGAAGAAAGGGAUCAAAUGCUAAAUGUUAUUAUUAAUCAAAAAAAAGAAUGGCAUCAAAUAUUAGAGCUUGCUUCUGAGAAGGAUUUCUCUUCUAAAAAAGUACAGGAAAAGCUCCUUAAAAAGCUACUGAAAGAGAAGUUGCAUGUAUGGCUCCUUCAGAAAGAAGCAGAAGAUGGAAAAGGCCCUUCUGUAUUAGAUGAGGGUGGCCAAGGUGUGCUACAUUUAGCAGCUUCUCUUGGCUAUGAUUGGGCCCUAGAACCAACUAUUAUUGCAGGUGUCAGUGUCAAUUUCCGUGAUGUGAAUGGAUGGACUGCACUUCAUUGGGCAGCAUUUUGUGGCAGAGAGCGCACAGUUGCUUUCCUUGUCUCUCUUGGUGCGGAUCCUGCUGCAUUAGUUGAUCCAUGUUCCAAAGAUCCUUCAGGCAGAACAGCUGCUGACCUAGCUUCUGCCAAUGGACACAAAGGAAUUGCUGGUUAUCUUGCAGAAUCUCAUCUGAACAGCCACCUUUCAUCUCUCACACUGGAAACUGGGGAAGGCAAUGCUGCAGGGAUUUCUGGAGCAAAAGCAGUAGAAACAGUUUCAGAACGAAGUGCAACUCCAGUCAGUGAUGGGGAUUUACCAUAUUCAUUGAAGGAUUCAUUAGCUGCUGUCUGUAAUGCCAGCCAAGCUUUUGCUCGUAUUCAUGAAGAUUACAGGGUGAAGUCCUUUCAAAAAAAGCAGUUAAAAGAGUAUGGUGAUGAUAAAUUUGGAAUGUCAGAUGCACAAGCUCUUUCACUUCUUGCUCUUAGGACAAACAAAUCAGGAAAACAUGAUCUACCUGUGCAUGCUGCUGCAAUCCGGAUACAAAGUAAGUUCCGCAGCUGGAAGGGUAGAAGAGAAUUUUUGAAAAUCAAGCAGAGAAUGGUUGAAAUUCAGGCACAAGCAAGACAACACCAGGUCAGGAAGAACUAUAUAAAAAUUAUCUGGUCGGUAGGAAUUGUAGAAAAGGUAAUUUUGCGUUGGAAACGAAAAGGUGGUGGCUUGCGUGGGUUUAAAGCAGAAGCACUUGCUGAGGGCCACAAAAUGCAAGAUAAAUCUUCAGAGGAUGACUAUGACUUCCUGAAAGAAGGCCGAAAGCAAACAGAAGAGAGGCUGCAAAAAGCACAUGCUACAGUGAAGUCCAUGGCUCAGUCUGCAGAGGCAAGAGAUCAAUAUCUUAGGCUGCUGAACGUUCUGACUAAUAUUCAGGGAUCCAUGGUUGUGGGUGAUGGGGUUCCAAGCAGUUCAGAUGAAAUGGCUGAUUAUAAUGACCUGAUUGAUAUUGAAGCAUUCCUGGAUGAAGACACUAACAUGCCUUCAGCCUGAACCUCUGGUUCAUUCUCUUCUCUUGUAAAAUAUUUGUUAUUAGUGGCAGUGGGAAUGGUACUUAUCAAUUGGGUUUGCUAAAAUUCUUGUAUAAAUAUUUGUUCAUUCUCGUCUCUUGUAAAUUCUUGCUAAAAUUCUUGUAUAACAAAAAGGAAUAUAGAGGAAAGAAAAAAAAUGUAUAAUAUUAAUAGCAUUCUAAUAGCAAUUUUUGGUUUAAUAAAAACACAACCUUUAGAAGGUA